AUGGACAUGACUUUCCACUCCGGUUCAAGGUCUAGUGUGGAUAUAAAAGACGAUAGAAGCAUUCACUCCUUGCAGAAACAUUUUGAAGUGACGCAAACAUGCUCAGGAUUUUGGUGUUGUCAUGUCUUGCUGCUUUGGCGGUGGCUGAGCUGGAGCACCAGCCAAGGUACCUGGAGGACAGCCUUCAGAGAGUUAUAGGAGGCGGUGUUGCCAGUCCCAACUCCUGGCCCUGGCAGAUCUCCCUUCAGUACCAAUCUGGCAGCAGCUUCUACCACACCUGUGGAGGUAGCCUGAUUCGUGCUGGUUGGGUGAUGACCGCUGCUCACUGUGUGGACAGCUCAAGAAAUUAUCGUGUUGUUCUCGGUGAACAUGACCUGAACUCCAACAGUGGAAGGGAACAGAUCAUCAGUGUCAGCCAGAUUUACAUCAACUCCAACUGGGCUUCAAGCAACGUUGCUAAUGGAUAUGACAUUGCUCUGUUGAGACUGUCAUCUAAUGCUGCCCUGAACUCCUACGUCCAGCUUGCUUCCCUGCCCCCAUCAGGCCAGGUCCUGCCCCACAACAACCCCUGCUACAUCACUGGAUGGGGACGUACCUCCACUGGUGGUAGCCUGUCUGCUCAGCUCAAGCAGGCUUAUCUUCCUGUGGUGGACCAUGCAACUUGUUCCAGCAGUGGCUGGUGGGGAAGUACCGUGAAAACCACCAUGGUGUGCGCCGGAGGUGGUAAUGAGUCAGGAUGCAAUGGUGAUUCUGGUGGCCCUUUGAACUGCCAGGUCAACGGCAAGUACUACGUGCAUGGCAUUACCAGCUUUGUGUCUGGAAUGGGCUGCAAUUAUUAUCAGAAACCCACGGUCUUCACCCGUGUGUCUGCUUACAUCAGCUGGAUGAACUCAAUCCUUAAUUAAGUGAUGAAAUGAUGAAAAUUGCCGAGGUGCCUGACUGUACCUUCAUGAAAAAACAUACUCACUACAUUUGUCUCAGUCUACAAAAUAAAUUAAAAAAUCAUAUCAAA